CCGGGACAGCAUCUUCUCGCCCGUUUGGAACCAAGAUCCGAAAAAGGAUAUACUGUAUGUGUGCAUGGGACCUUCUUUCAAUGCUCGCGAAACUGUGUACAUCUGCGCCAUCCCCAACGUGUCCAGUUGCGCGAUGCAUCGUCAACAGCUCACAAGAGGCCGUUUCAACGACGCCUUCCCAUCCACCAAUCCGGAUGGGACGAAAUUAGUGUUCCGAUCUACGAGAGGUGGAGGGGGAAAAAGGCACAAGAAUCUAUACAUAAUGGAGGACACGGUAUCAGGGGAGUACGGAGAAGGCAAAAUAACGAGGCUAACAAAUGGGGAAUGGACCGACACUCAUUGCCAAUGGUCCCCGGCUGGAGAUUGGAUAGUAUUCUCGUCAACCCGCGACAAGCCUGAACAUGCGCCAGAAAGUGACAACGGUCUCGACCCGGGGUACUUUGGGGUGUACCUAGUGAAGGCUAGCGACCCGUCAGUGGUGGUGAGAGUGAUCGCAAGCGGAAAUGACCUAGCGGGACAUGUGAACCAUCCCUUCUUCAGUCCGGAUGGGAGGAGCAUCGUCGUGACUUCAGACCUUGCGGCGGUGUCCGUCGAUCCCAUCUCAUUGCCUCUCUUCCUGCACUCUGUGAGGCCUUAUGGAGAUAUCUUCACUGUCGACAUUGACGCUGAUGACGUAGAGAAGAACAAGGAUGUGAAGAAGUUCAACCGCAUCACACAUAGUAGGUACGAGAGUUCCACUGGUACUUGGACCAUGUUCUCAACUGACGACCCGAAUGCAAAAUGGAACCAGCAUUUUGAUGAAAUACAGUACUCCGUCACGCCCUUAUGUAUAGCCUGAUGGAGGCCAAAGUUGUCCUUCUUCAUCCCGGCCCUCUGCCUUCAUUUGAUCGAUGUUUCAACGAUAAUAUUGCAUCUUAAUUUCUUUUUCUAAUAAUUAUGCAAUUUCAGUGUGAGAGACAUGCAUGGCUACAGAAUUGUAUCAGCA